CAAGAUCAGUAAGAAAUGAGUUCCCCCCCGCUGUCUCCUUCGUCGCCUCCUGCCGUGUCCCCACCUCCAGCCCCCGUGACUCUGGAGCCCGUGAAGGAGCUGCCAAAGGCGCGUCAGAUCGUCAGUAUCAAUGACAAAGGCACCAACUUCAUGCUCGACGAGGAAGCGCUGCGUGGCAUCUUCCACCAGGUGCCCGAGGACAUGAAAGUAGCCAUUUUCUCAGUCGUGGGCGCCUUCCGCACAGGCAAAAGCUUCGUAUUGGAUUUAUUCCUCCGCUAUCUUCGUCACGCCAGCCACGGACGCAUGCUCAAGCCGGACGGUGCUCAGGACGAGAGCACGGAGGUCUGGAAGGCCUGGGUCAUGGAAGGUGUGACCGGUAGCGGCGAAGGGAAGCUCGAGGGCAACUCGAACAUUGAGGAAACGUAUGGAGAGAAGGGAUUCAGCUGGAGAGCAGGCCGCAAGCGCAACACCACGGGCAUCUGGAUGUGGGAGAAGCCAUUUAUCCGCAAAAGCCAGACGGGCGAGGACAUUGCCGUGUUCCUGAUCGAUACCCAAGGAAUGUUCGACUCGGAGACGUCGCAGAUGCUCACAGCGAGUAUCUUUGGUCUCAGCACGCUGCUGAGCUCGUAUCAGAUCUACAAUGUGGACAAGCGCGUCCAGGAGGACAACUUGCAACAUCUUGCUCUAUUUACGGAAUAUGGACGGAUGGCGCUGUUUGGAGAUGCCACGUCGUCGACGUCCCUGAGUGACAAACAGCAAGCGCUGCAACGUGCCGCGUCGCUAUCGGAUCGCAAUUUGGAGAAAUCGUCGUCCACAGUGAAAGACGAGGACGAUGCCAGUGUCCCGCAACGUCCUCGUCCGUUCCAACGUCUCGACUUUUUGGUGCGAGACUGGCAGGAUUUCUCUCGAAACCAGAGUCUGGCCGAGAAACGAGAAGAUAUGGAACAAUACAUGGUCGAGCUGCUGUCGUCCCGUAAACAAAAAGACCUGGCGGAUACCCGUGAACAGAUCAGCUCGUGCUUUGAGAAAGUGGCGUGUUUCCUGCUGCCCCACCCUGGCCACGCAGUGACCGAGCGCGAGUACGACGGAUCGGUCGAGGCCAUUGACAGCCGCUUCUUGGAGCUGCUGACCGCCUACCUGGACGAUCUCUUCGACCCGGUUAACUUGUUCCCCAAGAAGAUCCACGGGGUCGCGGUGACCUCGCGGGAGCUCUACACGUAUAUUAAGACGUACGCUGGACUCUUCCGUGAAGCCUCCAUUUUCCCCGAGGCCAAGACGUUGCUGGAAGCCACAGCUGAAGCCAACAACGUCAACCAACGAGACAAGGCUCUGCUCAGGUACAAGCGAGAGAUGGAGACGAUUGCGGGCUCCAAGUGUCAGUACGUGCCCGUACAGCAGCUGGAGGCGCACCACAAGGCCUGCUUGCAAGGAGCCAUGGACGUCUUUGACGAUGGGGCUCGUAUGGGUCGACGUAGUGAGAUCCUGCGCUAUCGCCAUGAAGUUGCCGAGCAGAUUGAGAAGGAACGUCACCGUUAUCUGGAGAUUAAUGCCGAGCGCGACCCGUACAAGAACCUGGAGUUCUAUUUGAUCCCUGGCUGCCUGGCACUGGCGUUGCUCGUGUUCCGCAUCUCGCAAGACUUGUUCUGCUACGAGAGCAUCGGAUACGAUAUCCCACUCUACGACUGCAAACAAGUGAGCCACACGCUGUCGCACUUGUACUGGGCGUUGAUUGUCUUCAUGCUGCUGAUCAUGAUGUCGACUGGACAAGUGAUGUUCAAGCGCAUCAAGACGGUGAUUACUAUCGUCAAGACUGCGAUCGACGCGUCCAAGGAGGAUGGCAAGGAGAAGAAGGACUAG